AUGCUAAUAGGCCCCAGAGCAGCCGCCUUGCCCAGUGCCGCUCUCAUGCAAGAGCUAGCGGAUGCCCCAGGUGCUGGCUCCUUGGUGGCGAUCACCGACCCCGAAAAAUUUCCCUUCAACAUAAACUAUAAUCACUAUCCCAUCAAUCCUUCCCACGAAGAGCCAGCACGGGAGAAGAUCAUUCUGAAGUUCCCGAGCGAGAAGCCGCGUCUGGGUCACUUCGGCCUUUCAACGCAGGUUUUCGAGUCUCAACCCCAAUUCCAUACCUCAACAUUCAACAUCGUAACAACCGACUUUAUCCACACCGACGAACAUGGUCAGCGGAUCCCCGUCACGGUAUUCAUGCAUCUGUAUCUAGGAAAGGAGCCCGUAGACCACGCAUUCUUCCUCAGCGCCAACCCGAAGACAUCGCACAUCUACCAUUGCUCAUUCGAGCCAUCAGUGGCUGGUCAAGAAGAGAUAUCGGCCGGCCCGGGAGUGGGACAUCAUGUGCUGGGUUCUCAGAACUUCGAUUACUGGUGGGAUGUGUCGGGUAAUAUGGUCGAACUUUACGCCGAUGGCGACUUAGUGGAUGCGGAGACGCCGAUUGGAUAUGUUCCUGCGGGGCCAGAUUCGUUGGCAAUUUGGGGCACUGGACUACUCGCUACGUUUGUGGAGUGA